AUGGCCGAGCUACCUGAGCUUACAGACUUGUCAGACAAUGCGUCUGUUGCCUCUUCUAUGACGAUGCGUGCAUCCAGUGCACCAAUACAGGAUGCUCACGAGUAUACAAAAUUGUUCCAUCGUCUCGAGGCAUUGGGCAACGUUUCCACUAGACAAGAUCGCGUUCGAGAGAAAAUGUGGAAGGUGCGCGGUGUCGUUGAGUCUCGCAAGAACACCCUUGCCCGUCAUGAAAAGACAGCGGAAACGUCGCGUGCUGCAUACGAGCGAAUGCAGCGGUCUAUCCUGACACGCUUUGCACCGAAAUCGUCCGCGCGAGGCAUGCGAGCGCGGUCGACAGCAACAGCCAUGACGAAUGCACAGCAGCGUAUGAGCGACCUUGCGCCUCUCUUGGAUCGGGCACAGGCUGAACAAGCCCAGCUGGAACAAGAGCUGGAAUCUCUUGCGCGGCAAAGCGUUGAAAUACGCAUCAUGGAAGAGCGUCUGGACGAUCUUGGCAGGCGACUGUGCCCUCGAGGAUGCUGCGGCACUGAACUCGAUGCCCUGUUCUUUGAGGUGGAUGUGUUGCUGCUCUUGACCAAGCUUGUGCCGAGUGAAAUUAUGCGCGAGAAGCGCGCUCGAGAAGCCUUGUUGUCGGCGGAAAAAAGCGGGCGCGCAUGUCUAAAAAUCAUGCGUGACGUGCUACAAAUGUCGAUCAAUUUGGGCAUGGCAAACGACAAUCGCGAUCGCCUGUUUCCUGGACAGCCCUCUACCCUGACGAAGCGAAGCAUGCCACUCUUCUUGCGCGCUAAGGUGUGUCUGGGCGAAUUCUAUACACGCGUGUCGCGUGCACGCAUGCGACAGCCGCUGGUCUUGCGGGCACCUGUGAUGGACUUGGCCGACCUGACGCGCCUGCCAGGUAAGAAAAACAAUCCUUUCACUCGCGAUGAUAUGCAAAAGUCGAUCGAAACUUCAUACACACAGUGCCAGCACGUGUGCAACUAUGCGCAGUCGGAAGCUCGUUUUUGCCUGAUGAGAGAAAGAGCGCUCAAGUCAUUUUUGACCGAGCUUGAUGAAAGUAUUCGCGCUGCCAUGUGGCGUAUCCGUAAGGCUCGGGCCUAUAUAUUGGAGUUGGAUCCGUCGGCAGCUCAGCUCGCACUUGCGCACCUUAUGGACGAAUUGCCCAAAACAAACGAUUCUGUGAAAGCAAUAGCACCGCCUCGUACGCUCGAUGCUGAGGAUGACGAUGGGAAUGAGAUUAAGGACGCGGAUGACGUUGACACUGCUGCUGAGCUGGGGAGCGACAGCGACGGUGAGGUCAAGAGCCAGGUAUCGAAAGGGAGUGUCUCAGAUACCCGCACGAUGUCCAGUGUAUCGCUUGCUUCUACCAUGACGGCUGUAUCCGUCAUGAGCGCCACACCCGAGCUGUAUGGUGCGACGAUUGCGAGACUUCAUGCCAAGACCACGGCGACUGACCAUGAACUUCGCACGGACCAAGAUGACGAAGAUCUGCCAUGGCACUCACUGGCGCUGGGCUUCUAA